AACACCUCAACCCAUCAAGUUCUCCUAGACUCACGGCCAGCUCAAUAUUGCACCGUGACCUCACCGCUUAACAACACAUGGUAUAUGCGUUAUAAUCCAUCCAUGAUACUCUAACUUACCAACCAACCAACCACACCAUCUUCCCCCAACCCACCGCCACGAUGCCCUCAGACCUAUCCAACUACCUCGCGACGCGGUACCUCGUCGCCGACCCGAAACCCACCAAAAAGCGCAAGCGCAAGCAAGACACCUCCUCCCCAUCCACCGGCCUCAUAAUCGCCGACGACGACGCCGACGCAUCGGGCUGGACGCGCGCGAGCCAGAACCCCAACGACGACGAGGACACCGCCGUCGUAGCCGGGACCAGCGCCGAGUUCCGGAAAGCCAAGAAAUCCGCGUGGAAAGUCGUCGGCGGUUCCGCCAACCAACCUAGUAGCGCCUCCGCCUCCGCCCAACAACAAGAACAACAAGACGAAGACUCCGCCCGCCGCGCCGACGCGAUCCUCGCCUCCGCCGCCGCCGAAGCGUCCUCAGCCCAAGCCAGCGCCUCAGCCGACGACGCCCCGCAAAUCCUCAUGUCCGACGGCACCCACGCCGGUCUGCAAACCGCAUCUGCCGUAUCCGCACAGCUCGCAGCGCGGCGCCAAGCCGAACGCACCGCGUUCGCCUCCUCCGCGCAAAAGGAAGCCGAAACCGUGUACCGGGACGCGACGGGGCGUCGCGUCGACGUAUCCCUAAAACGGGCGGAACUACGACGGGCAGCGGCCGAGGCGGCGAAGGCCGAGGACGCGAAGAGGAACGCGCUGAAGGGCGAGGUGCAGGUCGAGGCGGCGCGGCGGCGGCGGGAGGAGCUUGAGGAUGCCAAGGUGAUGGGUGUGGCGCGGCACGCGGAUGAUUUGGAUUUGAACCGCGAGAUGAAGGAGCAGGUGCGGUGGGGGGAUACUAUGGCGCAGUUUAUAGAGCCGCGGGUAGGAGGCGGCGGUGGUGGUGGAGGAGGAGGAGGAGGGAGCGGUGAGGUGAAGACGAAGAUGAAGGGGAAGCCCGUAUACAAGGGAGCAUGGACGCCGAAUCGGUACGGGAUCAGGCCGGGGUACCGGUGGGAUGGCGUUGAUAGGGGGAAUGGGUUUGAGGCGGAGAGAUUUAAGGCUAUCAACAGGCGUGAGAGAAACAAGGGUUUAGAGUACUCGUGGCAGAUGGAUGAGUAGUAGGCCGUCAUCAUGAAAUACAAGUCUACAAUGACACAUGACGAUAGCAUAUCACGAUCACAAAUAUAAUAGGAUACCAGCA